UGUUCCCGACCAGCUCUCGUGGUUCGAUGCUCGGGCUGUGCUCACUGGCGGCUCGGCUUGGCGGCAUGCUGGCGCCGUUGACGCCGAUACUGAACGAAGUGUCAGUUAUCUUGCCAGCGGUCUGCUUCGGGCUGUCUGCAGUGAUCACCGGCUUGCUCAUCAUCCUCACUCCUGAGACCAAGGGCAUGCCUCUCAUGGACACCAUAGAACAAGUCAAAGCCAGCUCCAGGAAGAAAGGGAAGAAUCACGAUAACUUCGGGUUUAUGGCUGAUGAUGUCACUAAGAUUUAAGACUAUAAUAAUUAUUACUUAAGUAACCUACUGUAAAAUAUAAAAAUGAUUGGUAAAAGUGUCAUUUUUUUAACACCUUCUCCAAAGUAAUUACCUAAAUUUAAAUAUCUGCAACGAAACUGUUCCAUUGGCAAUCGGUCUGUUUGAUAAAAUCAAUAAAUAAAGUGUGGAAACUGUGUACCGAAAAACGCAGCGUGAGACUUCCCCCUACAAGGUGGACCGACAAACUCAUUUCUCACUUUUGAAAGAGCUUAAUAUAAUUUUCAUAAGUAUCAGCUAAUGUCCAGAAUGUUUAUAUUUGUUUAUUAUU